UUUUUUUUUUUUUUCGGGUUGCGACUGUAUUGUGAGAGCUACUGUGUGAACACCAGUCGGGGGGGUUCUAUUGACAAAACUGAAAAAACAAAAAACAACAACACACCCGUGAAAUAAUCUUCCCCCCCCCGAUCGGGUGCACACAUCCGGAAUCUCUUUUUCUAGAUAUAUAGUUCUUAUUAAUUUAUUCUUAUGUUUUCUUAGUGGAUGUUUUACGCUAACACUCCGGGAGGGCAGAAAUGGCGGCCAACAUGUACCGGGUCGGAGAUUACGUCUUUUUCGAGAACUCCUCCAGUAACCCUUACCUGAUCCGCCGGAUAGAAGAGCUCAACAAGACAGCCAGCGGCAACGUGGAGGCCAAGGUGGUGUGCUUCUACAGGAGGAGGGACAUCUCGCACAGUCUCAUUCAGCUAGCGGACAAACAUGCAAAGGAGCUGGAGGAGGAGAAGGAGAACCCCACAGAGACGGAGCUCACAGACAAACAGAAGCACCAGCUUCGCCACAGAGAACUCUUCCUCUCGCGGCAGUACGAGAGCUUACCCGCCACGCACAUCCGGGGGAAGUGCAGCGUGGCGUUAUUGAAUGAGACCGAAGCGGUUCUUUCCUACCUCGACAGGGAGGAUACCUUCUUCUACUCGCUGGUGUACGACCCCACGCAGAAGACCCUGCUGGCCGACAAAGGCGAGAUCAGAGUGGGACCGCGCUUCCAGGCCGACGUUCCGGAAAUGCUCCCGGAAGCGGGUCAAGCCGACGACAGGGACCAGGCCAAACUGGAGGAGAAACUCUGGGAUCCGGAGUGUCCGCUCAGCAACAAACAGAUCGAGCAGUUUCUGGUGGUGGCGAGGGCGGUCGGGACCUUCGCCCGGGCGCUGGACUGCAGCAGUUCGGUCCGACAGCCAAGUUUACACAUGAGCGCGGCGGCGGCGUCGCGCGACAUCACACUGUUCCACGCCAUGGACACGCUGCACGCGCACAACUACGACCUGUCCAGCGCGCUGAGCGUGCUGGUGCCGGCCGGCGGCCCCGUGCUCUGCCGGGACGAGAUGGAGGAGUGGAGCGCCUCGGAAGCGGCCAUGUUCGAGGAGGCGCUGGAGAAGUACGGCAAGGACUUCAACGACAUCCGACAAGACUUUCUUCCCUGGAAGUCUCUGACCAGCAUCAUAGAGUACUACUACAUGUGGAAGACCACGGACAGAUACGUGCAACAGAAGAGGCUGAAGGCGGCCGAGGCCGAGAGCAAGCUGAAGCAAGUUUAUAUUCCAACAUAUAAUAAGCCCAACCCCAACCAGAUCUCGCUGACCAAUGGCAAGAUGGCGACCGUGAACGGCGCGGGGCCCGGAGCCUUCCACGCGGCCGGCGGCGGCCGAGCCUGCGAGAGCUGCUACACCAUGCAGUCGGCCCAGUGGUACUCGUGGGGGCCCCCCAACAUGCAGUGCCGCCUGUGCGUGUCCUGCUGGAUGUACUGGAAGAAAUACGGCGGGUUAAAGAUGCCCAGCCGAGCCGAGGCGCCCGAAGAGAGGACGUCCCCCAGCCCGGCCGCCAACGAGCCGCGGUCGCGGAGUCACGCCCCGCGCCAGUCCAACCACAUUCCCAUGCGCAACAGCGGCAGCCCCAAGUCUUCCAUGAAGACCAAGCAGGCCUUCCUGCUGCAGGCCACCCGCCUGACCAAGCUGGCGCGCCACAUGUGCCGCGACGUCAUCAGGCUGCGCCGCGCCGCACGCCGCCCCUUUGUCCCCAUUAACUGCGGCGCCAUAAAGGCAGAGUAUGUCUCAAGGGUGUCCGAAGGUCACGGGACCCGGCUCCCCAAAAUCCGAGCGGCGCAGCGCAGCACUCUGACCAGCGUGGUGCAGUUUCUCGAGUCCCGUCCGGCGUCGCAGGCGCCGCGCUCGCACCGCACGGCCGGCCUGCAAACGCCGCCGCCGCGCCGCCUGCUGUCCUCGCUGCCGCACGGCAUGCUGGGAAAGCGCAGCUUCCACCACCACAGCAGGGGAGCCGAGCAGGACAGGCGCUCGGAGAAUCCCGGAACCACGGGCGGCGCCUUACUGCAUAACGGCCGCAGCGGCGGCGGAGGCACCCGCGGAGGCGUGAUGAUCCGAAAGCGGCGCCCCAAUUGGAUCGACGCCCCCGACGACAGCUUCUUCCUCGUCACCCGGGAGACCAGGAGGGCCAGGCGGCUCCUGUCGCGUUCGCAGCUUCGGCACGCGUGUCGGCAGCCCUGCGAGCAGAUCGCCCUGCGGAGGGCCUCGCAGGCGCCCCCGCCGCAGGGGGUGGUCCUGGGGCCCUCGCACCCCAGCUUGAGGAUGCGAGGCCCCAUCGUCAUCCACGACUGAAGCGCCCGCUGACCCCCUUCUUUCGCUCUCCACCCGUUUAGUCCUCAACAGCCGCGAGCCGCCAUGCAAUGCAGACACACGCCUGCCAUCUAUUAGGUGCACCUUGACAAUUUGGAGUAGAGGUGCUACAUUUGGACUAAAGUACUCAUUUGUCUGCCAUCUCGUGGCGUCUAUGAUUCAACCCCCCCAAUUAAUCAAAUGUUAGGGUUCAUCAUUGUAGGUGAGCGUGUGUGUAUAUGUAUGUGCCUUGUCAUGGCAACAACACGGCAGAUGAGCCAAAUGUAGUUUUUCUUUUUUCUUUUUUUUUUUUUUUAGGAAUGGGAAUAUGAACGUUUUGUGUUGAUUGUGACUCGUGAUCUCGCUUUGUAUAAAGUUUUUCAUUUAAGAGGAGGACGCAGACUUACUAACCCGGUAGAAUCCAUCCAAUAAAAAAAUAACAAAAAUCUAAGUUCAAGUAGAGAAAUACACUUAAACAACAAAUUCAAAUUGGUUUUGGGUGGAGUCAUUCCCCCCCCCUAAUCACAACAUUCGGAAGCUACACAUCAAUAAACACAAAUGCCGCAAGCAUGGCGCGCCUUCCUUAGUUCAGAUUUGUCCAUUCCAGUUUGAUUUGCAAAAAUGUCAUGUUGUCGUCAUAGGAGGGCUGAUUGAUGCUUUUGAGGGCCCCGCCCCUUUUCCCAUCCCAUCGAGCGUCGCCUUUGAAAUGCAGGCCUCAGCCUACUUUAUUAAGAUUUUGUUUAGGGGAAGAAAAAAAAAUCAGGCAUGACUUUCAGGUGACCACGAGGGUCCAGUAAUUUCUUCAAUGAGAAUGUUUGUGUUUUCUCGUACAUAUGUCACGUGUUGAAUUCUGAAUAUGCUAAUGACGGUCAUAAUAAAACAAGACUCCUUUACCUUC